CACAGCUGGUGUGCAUCUGCCAGUCAUCUCAGUCAGCCAACCCAGGGCACCUGCUGGGUCUGUCCCUAGACCUAUCGGCGAGGUUUUCGACGCUUCACCUGGCCUCAAAGUGCACCUAGCCUGGCACAGGCGCCGUGGUGGUUUGUCAGGCAUCGGCCUCGAAGCGGCAACGGGGCGUCGCUUGAACGCGUCGCGCAACUGCGCGUGAUGGAUGCGAUGUUGUUACGUCUUGUGACAUUGUAUUUUGAUCAACUGCCCCCCCACCCCCAAUCAAGAAUGAAGUAAAUUCGAAGGAAAGUUUAACCGAUGCGUUAAAGUUCCACCUGCAGCGGUGGGGCGGUGGUGAACGCAACUGCGCUGUGGUUGACCUGGCUACGCCACUUUCCCUCCACGGCUAACGUCAGUCACGCGAGUGAUAUGUCUGACCCGACGAUUACUCACCAUUGCCGCAACAUCACGAACCCAUAAGAAAAGCAACGGUGGUGAAGUAUGGUCACCCCCCCCCACCACUCCGCCCGCGUGAUCAACACGGCUAUAUAGCUCAGUGGGCUUUACUUGGUAAAAUGAAUAAAAAGUUAGUCAGUUUGGGGAGAUCUUCAUCGAGCAGUGGAUUGACAAAGGGACUAUUAAAAAAUUGGAAUGUCAUUGGCAGGGCUCGCCUUACCGUGGUGGGAAUUCGAUACAAGGACCCAGACAAACCAACAUUUGCCUUGCUCUGUGACAGCUUAGCAAGCACUUCAGUUCCAGGUCAGAGUUCGUGGUGUGUGCAGGGGGCGUUCACAAGUUGUGCAAUUACAGCCCUGGGGCAGCUGCCGCCGGAGAGACAGAGAGACACAGACCCACGCUAAACCAACAUGUGCUCAGCCUCAACCAAGUCCCGCCGCCGGGUCGGCAUCGUGGGAUACGGCCACCUUGGGGAGUAUCUGGUGCGGGAGCUGCAGAGGGAAGGCGGAGCACAUGGCCUGGAGCUCGCCUUCGUGUGGAACCGGAGCGCUGAGCGCAUGCAGGGAAACGUGGAGCCGGAUCAGCAGCUGCGUGACUUGGAGCGAUUUGCCGAGAGGAGGGCAGAUCUUAUUGUGGAGGUUUCUCAUCCAAACAUUUCCAGGGACUUUGGGGAGAUGUUCCUGCAGCACGCAGACUACUUGGUGGGCUCUCCGACGGCCCUGGCCGACGCGGCGACGGAGAGGCGGCUGCGCGAGGCGAGUGCCACGCACGGCCGCACGCUCUACGUGCCCGCUGGGGCCUUCUGGGGAGGAGACGACAUCCAGAAAAUGGCCGACCGAGGCACGCUCAAGGCCCUGACCGUCACGAUGACCAAACACCCGGCGAGCUUCAAGCUCGAGGGUGCCCUUCGGCAGGCGAACGCUCAGGCGCUGGCAGAAGGUGCAGGGGCUGGACGCCGCGUCUUGUACGAGGGCCCCGUGCGACACCUCUGCCCUCUGGCCCCGAACAACGUGAACACGAUGGCGGCCGCCGCCAUGGCCGCGCACAACCUGGGGUUCGACGGCGUGACCGGCCGACUGGUGGCCGAUUCGAGCCUGCCGGACUGGCACAUCGUGGAGAUCGAGGUGAGGGGCGUGGGGGAUCCUCCCUUUAGUGUGACGACCACUCGGCGCAAUCCCGCGCUGCCCGGCGCUGUAACUGGGAAUGCAACUUACGCUUCGUUCCUCAGCAGCUUGCUGGGAGCCAAAGGCCACGGAGGCCGCGUGUGUCUCUGCUGAGGCUUGGCAGCUCACAGCUGCCACCUCUUGGACCCCACAAAUCGCAACCACCACACCUGAGCUGUACGACUACUACAAUAAUCGUGCUGGAUGAACAAAAUUAUGAAUAGUAAUAAAACGCAAU